CAUGCGCAGUAGGUAAGGAACUACCCUGCGCGUGUGCCAAAAUGGCGGACGGGAGCUCGCUCAGCAACGAUGCUGAGGCAGUGCCUCCGCCGCCUAUGGAAGGACUGCAGCUGGUUCAGCAGGGGGCCGAAGCCCGUCUCUAUCGGGGCCUGUUCCUAGGCCGCCCUGCGGUGGUGAAGCACCGCUUCCCGAAGCGCUACCGGCAUCCGCUCCUGGAGGAGAGGCUGAGCCGAAGGCGGACGGCGCAAGAGGCCCGUUCGCUGCUACGAUGCAGACGGAGAGGGAUUUCUGCACCUGUUGUCUACUUUGUGGAUUAUGUUUCCAACUGUAUCUAUCUUGAAGAUAUUGUGGGAUCAACCACAGUCCGGGACUAUAUCAUCUCUGAGCAGCCAUCUGGGAAAGGUGCCAGUAGCCUUACUCUGUUAGCAGAGAAGAUAGGUGACAUUUUGGCAUGGAUGCACGAUGAAGAUCUUGUACAUGGAGAUCUUACAACUUCAAACAUGCUUUUACGACCACCAGCAGAAAAACUAGACAUUGUGUUAAUAGAUUUUGGACUGAGCUUUAUUUCUGCUCUCCCUGAAGAUAAGGGUGUUGAUUUGUAUGUCUUAGAGAAAGCUUUUUUGAGCACCCAUCCAAACACAGAGGCCCUGUUCGAAGCGCUCCUGAAGAAGUACUCAUCUGCCUCUAAAAAAUCAGCACCAGUGAUUAAAAAACUGGAUGAGGUACGGCUAAGAGGAAGAAAGCGUUCCAUGGUUGGAUAAAAACAAUCAGAAUGCAAAGCUAGGGAAGAGAGGUUUAAUUUUCUAUGUGUUUCAAAUAUUAUGUCAAAUGAUAAGAUAGCUGAUUUCAGUAUGCAAAGGGAUCCUACAGCACUUUUGAGACUAGCUGUGCAAAAGAAGUUGUAGCAUGAAUUCUAUUAGCUAUUUUUACUGUUUCACAUUUGUACAAUAAAGCAGUUUGUGGUUUUAUGACUGGGA